CUUCACGCUGCCAUUGGCUGGUCGGCUGUGAAGGUUUGGUGAUGUCAGCUUCCUGGUUAGACAGAAGAGGGGAGCAAGCGAACGAGAUUUAAUACGGAGUCUUCAUUAAGAUGGAUAGAAGUGGAACAUCCCCUCCAUCAGCGAUAAACGAAUAUCUGUUGCGAAGCAGCGUGUCCUCUUCCGGAGCACGGUCUGUGGAUGUGAUUGUCUACUUGAUAAAUGAUGCGGCAGUUCCACUUACAGUAGAUGGCCUUUCAUCCUCAACAUCGCACGAGCUACACAGGAAAGUUCUCGAAGUCCUCCAUCUCCCUGAUGUUGCUCAGGAAGUGUUUGCCCUGUGGCUCAUUUCUCCAUUUUUAGAAGUACAACUCAAGCCAAAGCAUCAUCCUUACAAAGUGUGCAGACAGUGGCAUGAUCUCCUGGCACGUUUCACAAACUGUACACUGGAGGAUAUUCACCACGAUGAACCUAUACUCCAGUUUCGCAGAAACAUUUUCUUUCCCAAAAGUAAAGAACUUCAGAUUUCUGAUGAGGGCGUAUUACGUCUACUGUAUGAAGAGGCAAAAUACAAUGUUCUGGAGGGAAGGUACCCAUGUGAUAUAGAGGACUGUGAACUCUUGGGAGGUCUGUCAUGCUGUUUGGAGAUGGGGCCAUACAGCCAAGAAAAACAUACUCCCUCUGCACUAAGGCCAAAGCUGGAGUCUUUUCUUCCUCCAUAUAUAUGCAAAAAGAAGAUCGGAAUACUGAAUGCAUUCAGGAAUAGAGGGAAUCGCCAAGCCAGUUUUGAAGACACUUUGGUGAACACAUACAAAGCAGCUACAGAAAAUGCUACAUGUGAAGACGGAGAUGUCAUGAACUGCAGAGAGUAUUUGAAGAGGUGUCAUGAGCUUCCUUACUAUGGAUGUGCCUUUUUCCAAGGAGAAGUGGACAAGCCCUCUCAAGGCUUCCUCAACAGGAGUGGCCGUAAAACUGUGUCAGUGGCCAUCAAUAUGGAAGGCGUGUCUGUUAUAGACCGCAAGGAAAAGCAUGUUCUUCUAAGUUUAAAGUUUUCAGAACUAUCCUGGGAUCACACAUAUCCAGAUGAAGAACACAUUCUGUGGCUUGAGUUUGAUGGAGACAAUGAAGGAACACCAGUAAAUAAGUUGCUGAAAAUAUAUUCUAAGCAGGCUGAGCUGAUGAGUGGCUUGAUUGAGUAUUGCAUAGAGCUCAGUCAAGGUGUUGACUUGCCAUCUCCAGAAACUAUUCCUGGGAAUUCACACAUUUCGGAGAAACGCACCAAGCUACGCAGACAGGAAAGUGUGUUGUGCAAUCGCAUUAAAGAUCUAACUACAAUAGAUUAUGUUGAUGACGGUACUGAAAUUAAACGUGUGAAGCCGAAGAGAGCAGCAUCCUUUUUCAAUCGACAGUCUACUCACAGUUAUGCCUCUGUGCAGCCUGCGGAGACCCAGGGACAAAGCUGACCUUUUGCUGCAGUAGAUUGCAAAGCCAAAGACCAAAUAGACUUCUAAAGCACUGAGAAAAAAUAAAAAAACUUUAAUAUCCACUGUAUGGACCAAGCCAAAAAUUAAGAACAUUAACAAAAGUGCCUAAUGAUUUCACUGCUGUGUCUGAAGGGAUGGACCUUCAAGGUUGUCAGGAUUACUCUGGAUAGUCUGCAGUUCAUUUUUUAACUGCAUACAUUUCUAUAAAGCAAAAAACAUCUCUCGUUUGACCAAGCUUUAUAUGUGUUACUAUAUAACACAAAUUGACUCCUCUUUUUUUUGUGUCAUACACGAAUUAUUUCUUGCAACAGUGAAAGUAUUGCAAGUCUGAACCUGAGAAUGUAGAGGCCAGUGUAUGAUAAAACCUAUAUUGGCCAAUGCAUUAAGGUGUAUGUGAGUGAUCUGGUGCACUAAUAAAUUUCUACUAUAUAUGUAAUUAACAUAAUAUUCACUUGAUUCUGAACCUCUGCAGUUCACUCCAUGCUUUUUAUAUAAUAAUAAAAUAAAAAAAAGCUGAAAUAAAUUGCUCUUUACUGUU